AUGUCUGUCUUCAACUCGUCGCGCUUGGUCGGGAAGACUGUCCUGAUCACGGGUGCUAGCGCUGGAAUAGGUGCCGCGACUGCGAUUCUCUUUGCAAGGGGCGGAUCCAACCUAAUUCUACUCGCCCGCCGUGUUGAUGCACUGAAGAAUGUCGCGGCCGCAGCUGCAGCCGCGCACAAGGAGUCUGGUCUUCAGCAAGGCGGGAAAAUCGUGACUGUGCAGCUGGACGUGUCUGACAAGACUCAGGUUGCUGGUCUGUGGGAGAAAGUACCCCGAGAUCUGCACAACGUCGACAUUCUUGUGAACAAUGCUGGGUUUGUUCAUGGUGUUGAUCGCGUUGGGAGUAUCCUGGAUUCUGAUGCGGAGAGCAUGUUUGCGACCAACGUUCUCGGACUCAUCUCGAUCACGCAGCUCUUGAUCAAAGGCUUCAAGGCCCGGAAUUCAGGCCACGUCAUCAAUCUUGGCUCCAUAGCAGGACGAGAGCCAUAUGCUGGUGGUGCCAUCUAUUGCGCCACGAAGCACGCUGUCAAUGCAUUCUCUGGUGCUCUGCUGCGUGAAGUCGUCGACACCCCCAUUCGGGUAACCGAGAUUCAACCGGGAAUGGUGGAAACUGAGUUCUCCGUUGUCCGCUUCCGUGGAGACAAGUCGGCUGCAGACAAAGUCUACCAAGGGCUCCAGCCCCUGUCCGCUGAAGACAUCGCAGAGGAAAUUGUCUGGGCAGCAGCACGACCACCACAUGUGAACAUCGCCGAGCUCUUCGUGCUACCAACAAACCAAGCUAGCCCUACGCUAGCUUAUCGUGGUGGAAAAUAA